AUGGAGAUGAAGGUUGAGAUAGUAGCUAGAGAAAUCAUCAAGCCAUCUUCUCCCACUCCCAAUCAAUUUAGAAUUUACAAGCACUGUUCUAGGGAUCAAUUCUCUCCCCAUCAUUACACCCCAGUUGUUUUCUUCUAUGUCAACCCUACUAGUGAUGUGAAUCACGAAGAGAUGGUUAGCAUAAGAUCCCAACGCUUAAAGGAAACUCUCUCUGAAACCCUCACUCGCUUCUACCCACUUGCCGGAAGACUGAGAGACAAUCUCUUUAUCGAUUGCAACGACGAGGAUGUUGAAUAUUUGGAAGCUCGAGUCACCGACUGUCGUCUCUCAGACAUUCUUGAACAACCCAAAGCCGAAGAAAUGUACCGUUUAUUUGAACCCGACCCCGAAGACUUUAACAACAACCCUCUGUUAUUCGUUCAGCUUGACUUCUUUCCAUGCGGCGGAAUGGCACUUUGUGUGCGUAUGUCUCACAAGAUCGCCAAUGGAGUCGCGUAUGCUGCCUUCGUGAAGGCCUGGUCCGACAUCGCCCUCGGGUCGUCUGAGACUUGUCCCAGAUUUCAUUGCUGCCUCGUCUCGCUUCCCACCGAGAGAGGACUGCCCGGCGUUGUCAAUGACAUUCAUGCAGAUGACCAAGAAGAAUGUCACAAAAAGGCAUAUGCAUUGACAGGGGCUGUCAACAUACGCACAAGGCUUGAGCCACCCUUACCAAAAUAUUCUUUUGGAAAUAUAACAGGAUUGUUGUGGGCAAUGAUCGAAGACUGUGGUGCGGAAACAGACCUGCCAGGCUUGGUUUGUCAGCUGAGGAAAGGGGUUCAACAGUCCACUGAUAACAAUUUCACCGUUGAAAAGACAAAACUGUUGAGACUCAAGGGAGACGCUGUGAAGGUGUAUCGCCAUAGCAGUUGGUGUAGGUUUGGUCUACACGAACUUGAUUUCUGGUGGGGGAAGCCAACAUAUACGACUGCUGUUUUAUUUGGUGCCCCAAUUGGAAUUGGAUUGUUGGACACAAGAGAUGGUGACGGAAUAGAAGUGUGGAUGACUUUGUUGAAAGAAGACAUGGCCUUGUUUGAAAGUGACCCGGAGUUGCUAGCUUUUGCCUUGCCGAACCCAAGUGCACUCGAAAAUUGAUCAAUUAAUAAUAAUAAUAAUAAUAAUGUUAUGAUGAUC